UGCACGACCGUGGCGCUGCUGAGAUGGUGCUCCAAACCAUCAGUGCUAGUAAAGGUUGUCAGGUCUCUGGCCCCUGGGAGAGUGAAGACCUGGACAGUUUGUCAGAGCUGGUCCAGGAUAUCCGUCUUUGCUCUCAGGCCCUCAACAAGCUGGACCGACAGACCUUGAAGCAGAGCUGGGUCAGGACUCAGUCACACGGACACUUUCUCGACCGAAACUCCAAGUGCCUCCUCUCCGCCACCUCCACUUGAGGGUGGGAGGUGUGAUGAUGUCGGCAGAACUUUGCUUCUGAUGUCUACUCUUUAUCACUGACGGUGGAUUUUGAGCCAGUGUUCAUAAUAAAAGUGGUCAUUUUUAUAAACAUUUUGUUUAGUGAGGCUACACCAAAAAGAAACAAGAUAAAACCAAAAUAAAGUGACAUGCUGUCCACCAACAAUCUGUUGAUAGCUUGUGUUUUA